CAAGCGUGCUCUACUCUGGCCACGCUCAAAACAGGAAAGGCUGGUGGCACACCUCCCUUGGGAAUCCCAAGCAGAGGAAGAGUCAGAACACAUGAGUAACUCAGAGUGAUGGGGACGGAUGCAUGAGGUGAGGGCUUCAGGCCGGGACGCAGUUUUUAGAGGCUUGACGAUUAUGUAUCUUGGUGUGGAUUUCUGUGGGCUUAUCCUGUUUGGAGUUCAUUCAGCUUCUUGAAUCCCAACCCUCUCCUGAUUCUGCUCCAGUGAAAUGAAGGCGGAUACCAUCUCAUUACUUCCAAGUGAUGGUAGAGUUCAGGUUCCCCACUCAGCCUCCCUUGACACCUGGGUGGGUGAAUGUUCCUUGUUAUUUCUGGGCAAGGAUGGGAGCUCAGGUUCUCCACUAGGCAUCCACUACUACUGCCCGGCUGGGAGCGGCAGGGGCACCUCCUUACUGUUCUCCAAGUGGCUUCCAUGCAGAUUGCACAGCAGGAGGCGGCCUUGUUACCACUGAGUAGUGGUGAAAGCCUGACUCUCCCCCGGACCUCCUCUCACACCUCUCCAGGGAGGAGGCGAAGGACUGUCUCAUCACUGGCUGAGGAGCUGGCAGUCAGGAGAGUGUGCUGAUGCCGGAGUGAAGAUAUCUCAGAGGCUUCCGCGAUCAACUGUAGACUUGCCUGGCUGUGCCUGCUGUUGGGGUCUGGUCUAAAGACAUUCAGGGACUAGAAGCCUGAUAAAAGUGAUGAGGGACGGCGGAAGCACCAGUGUAAGUGACCAGGUCCUGACCAUCCAUGCCUAUGGAGGGCAAGUAUGGGGAAUGAGAAUAACUGGAUGAUGUCACCAAACUUCUCAGAUGCUGCAAGGUCUCUGAAGAGGGAAGACACGAGGAAACAGCCCAGGCCCCCACCUGGACACAACACCAUGCACCUCCUUGGCUCCUCGCUCCUGCUCCUUGAAUAUGUGGCUUUCUCUGACUCAUUGGGCUGGAAGUUUGAGCACCCCGACAUCCUGUACGCCUGGGAGGGGGCCUGCGUCUGGAUUCCCUGCCGCUACACAAUCCUGAGGGGUGGAAGCAUCCUGGAAAACCUGACCAUGUACCACAAUCCUAAGUAUGACAAUGUUACCAAGACCUACAACGGGACCAUCCUUUACCAGAAAACAAAGACUGGGACGUUAUCUUCUCAGCCAAAAAGGGUACAAUUCCUGGGAAAUAUGAAAGAUAACUGCACCCUACGUAUCGACUCUGUGUCCGUCCACGACAGUGGUCAACUGGGCCUGAGGAUGGUAUCGAAGAAUGACAAAUGGAUGGAGUUUAUAGGCCUCAACGUUUCUCAGAUAGCUCCUCCACCUCACAUUCAGCUCCCUCCGGAAAUCCGGGAGGGGCAGGAAGUCACUCUGACCUGCCUUCUGAGUUAUGCCUGCUUUGGGUACCAGAUCAAAUUGCGGUGGUCCCUGGAGGGGUCUGAUGUCACCUCAACCUCCCUGACCACCAAGACUGGGUCUGAUGUCACCUCAACCUCCCUGACCACCAAGACUGUCUCCACCCAGAGCAAGCUCACAUUCCAGCCACAGUGGAUUGACCACAGCAAGAAUCUGACCUGCCAGCUCUUGGAUCUGGAAGCAGAGAAGAUACUCUCUAAGGAGACCGUGAGGCUGGAUGUGAAGUACAUCCCAAGGUUGAAGAUUGAGGUGAGUCCCAGAGAGGCCAUUGUAACAGAGGGGCAGUCUGUGACCAUGACGUGCCAGAUCAUCAGCAGCAACCCAGGGUACCGGAAUAUAACCUGGUUCAAGGAUGGGACCCCACUGAGGAAGGAGGAGGUGCACAGGGAGCAGGAGACACUCACGCUGAUUCUGUCCACUGUGACCAAGGAGAUGAGUGGAAACUACCAGUGUGAGGCCUGCAAUGAUAUAGGCCCAGGAAAGUCCCAAGUGACCCUCCAAGUGCACUACGCUCCAGGACCUUCCACGGUUUGGAUCCACUCCUCCCCAGCUAAGGAGGGCAAGAAAGUAGAGCUGACUUGUACAUCACAGGCCAAUCCUCCUCCAACAAAUUAUACCUGGUAUCACAAUGGGAUCAAAGUGCCGGCGAUGACAGACAGGGCCUUCCCGAUCUCAGCGGUCCUCCUCCGGCACGCUGGGAAUUAUUCCUGCCUGGCAGAAAACAGCCUUGGUCCUGGGCAAGUGGGCCAGUAUGCGGAGUUAGAUGUCCAAUAUCCCCCCAAAGAGGUAACUACAGUGAUUCAAAACCUCACACCGAUUCGAGAGGGAGACAGUGUGACCCUGUUCUGUAACUACAAUUCCAGUAACCCCGCAGUUACCCGAUAUGAAUGGAGCUCCCAAGGCCCCUGGAAGGAGCCAUCCCCCGGAGUGCUAAUGAUUCAGAAGGUUGCCUGGAAUGCUGGGCCAAUAGUCUGCAGAGCCUGUAACCAGUGGUGUUCAGAGGCUCCUGCCGUCCACCUGGAUGUCCAGUAUGCCCCCAGAGAUGUCAGGGUCCGGCCAGGCAACGUCACUCCUGAGAUUCAUUCUGGGCACCCAGUCUUCCUCCAAUGUGACUUCUCAAGUAGCCGUCCUGCAGAUGUCAGCUUCUUCUGGGAGAAAAACGGAAUCCUUCUGAAGGAAGGAAGAGAACUGAGCUUUCACUCCAUCUCUCCAGAAGAUGCUGGAAAUUACAAGUGCUUGGUCAACAACUCCAUAGGACAGACCACGUCUGAGGCCUGGAGGCUGCAAGUGCUGUAUGCGCCUCGGAAGCUGCACGUGUCCAUCAGCCCAAAGGAGGUGAUGGAGGGGAAGAAGGCAGUCUUGACAUGUGAGAGUGACGCCAACCCUCCCAUCUCCCAGUACACCUGGUUUGACUGGAAUAACCAAAACCUCCAACAUUAUGAUCGGACGCUGAGAUUGGACCCCGUGAAGGUCCAGCACUCAGGCGCCUAUCGGUGUGAGGGGCACAACCAUCUGGGCAAGGGCCAGUCGCCCCCCAGCACCCUCACUGUCUACUAUAGCCCGGAGACCAUCAGCAGGCGCGUGGCCAUGGGAGUGGGGUUCUGCCUGGCCAUCUUCCUCCUGGCAAUCUGGGGAGUCAAGCUUCAGCGAAGCUGGAAGAGGAUUCAAAGCCAGCAGGGACUCCAGGAAAAUUCUAGCGGGCAGAGCUUCUUUGUGAGGAAUAAGAAGAUUAGAAGGGCCCCCAUCUCUGAAGGUCCCCCCUCCCUGGGGUGCUACAAUCCAGUGAUGGAAGACACCAUCAGCUACGCGGCCUUGCGCUUUCCUGUUGAUGAGACUGACACACUGAGAACUGGAGACGCAGGGACCUCAGAGACACAGGGACCUUCCCUAAACAGGGACGACACGGUCACUUACUCUGUGGUGCAGAAAUGUCGAGCGGGUGACUAUGAGAACGUGAUUCCGGAUGUUCCAGAAGACGAGGGGAUACACUACUCAGAGCUGGUUCAUUUGGGGGUCGGAGAGCAGCCCCUGAGCCGGGAAGGAGUGGAAUAUGUGACCCUCAAGCACUGAAGGACCAAACUGCUUGAGCCCAAGGUGCCCAGGGGCUGUGGGGCAGGCCAAGGCACUUCUGAGGCUUCCCUGGCCCCUGCUGCUCAGCCACCAAGUCACAUGGCCUCCCCAUCCACACACACAUGCACACACAUGUACACAAUUACUGCAAUCCUAGUCGGUGCAGAGAACUUUGUGCAUGGCCCAGAGAGUCUGCCCUCUCAGCGCUGGUAACCCCAACCCUCCGAAAGGUCUGCUCUGAGUCCAUUGCCCUCUCCUUCCCACCCAGAAACUCAUCUAAACACCUUCCCUGUGCUGUACAAAUCCCUCUGCCACUCCCAGCCAUCUACCACCACCCACCCUUCCCAAGCCCCGCUCCGAGAUGGCUGCAUCCCUGCCAGGAUCAGGCUGCCACUAUAUUAUUUUUCUCUCCUCCAUCCCUUUGGCCCCCCUUCCCCUGCUCUGAUAGCCCCACUCACUGGUCUUGUGCCUAAUUUCUGCUUCUGUGGCAAAGCCCAGGGAAAGAGGAACAGAAAUGAGGUACAAGGAGGCUGGUUUCUCUUCUACAUGCCAGGGAGGCACUCCAUGGAGAGGAUCAUGCACUGUAGCCCCUACUCUCAGGGGUCUCAGGGUCUGACACCUACAGUGUGGACAAACAUGUAACUAACACAGAGCUGCACAAUAAAAAUGGCUCCAGUACCACUUCAAAGAA